UAUUGUUAUCUGAGUGAGUUUAACGGAGAGUUGAGUGUUUGUGUAGCGGGUGUGUUACUUCGUUGUGAGAGGUGUUUUUGUGAGGCACUGGGAGCUCGACAGGGGGAGGACCCAUGAAGCCUGCUGGCCGGGAAAAAGCGAGGGAGAGAAAGUUGUGAGAAGUUUGGUGCGUCGGGGGUGGAAACGCUCGGACAGACGGUUAGCGGCAGCAGCUCGGACGGGGAAGAUGGCGCGGCGCUGCGGCCGUGCCACGUCUCGGUUUGCUGGACAAAUACAGAUAUUUCCCAGAGAGAUAGCAGCGUCGGCAGUUUGGUUAUGCUUCUGUCUUCUUUUUCCCUCUGCCGCGGAGGCUGGACUGUACUCCACUUCUGAUCAAGUCAUCUUGCUAACUCCGGAAAAUGUGGAGUCGGUUUUGAUCAACUCCACCGCCGCUAUAGUGGCGGAGUUCUACGCUUCGUGGUGCGGACACUGUGUCGCCUUUUCUCCGGUUUACAAAAGUCUGGCUCGAGACAUUAAAGAGUGGAAGCCAGCUGUGGACCUGGCAGCCAUAGACUGUGCUGCAGAGGCGAACAGGAAGGUCUGCACUGGCUUCAGCAUCACAGGAUAUCCCUCGAUAAAGUUCUUCCAUGCUUAUUCCAAGGCUGGUUCAAAAGGGCAGUCUUUUCAAGCUUUCCCUCGCGAUGUGCGGGGCCUCCGUCACAAGAUCAUAGACAGACUGGAAACCCAUGAGGAGCCCUGGCCCCCUGCCUGCCCCCCACUGGAGCCCACCAGCCAAGCAGAAAUUGACAGCUUCUUUGAAACCAACAACGUUCAACACCUGGCUCUGAUCUUCGAGGAUGGUAAAUCCUACAUCGGCCGAGAGGUGACUCUGGACCUGUUACAGUUUGAGAACGUUGCUGUGCGGAGAGUCCUGAGGACUGAGGAGGGUCUGGUAACCAAACUGGAGGUGACUGAGUUUCCCUCCUGCUACCUUUAUUAUCCUGGAGGCAACUUCACCAGACUUAAAGUCAACAUUGAGGCUCGUGCUUUCUACUCUUACGCCCUCCAGAGGCUGCCGGGGGUGGUGCGGUCAGGGAAGCCUCCACCAAUCGCCACAAAAGUCCACACCAACAGCACGGAGGAGCCCUGGAGACCCUUCAACAAGUCCAGGGUGUACAUGUCAGACCUGGAGUCAACACUGCACUACUCUCUGCGUGUGGAACUGGCUGCUCAUGCUGUCAUCAAAGGAGAGGCCCUGGUUUCUCUCAAGAAGUACCUCUCUGUCCUGGCAAAGUACUUUCCAGGCCGUCCAGUGGUGAUGAACCUUUUGAAGUCUGUAAACUCUUGGCUACAGAACCAGGCUGGUGAUGAGAUUUCCUAUGAGGCACUCAGAGGGGUACUGGAUAACUUGGCACAGUCUCCAGACACUGCUUUGCCUGAAGGAGUCCGGUGGGUGGGCUGUCAGGGUUCACAACCCCACUUCAGACGUUACCCUUGCGGGGUGUGGACUCUCUUCCAUGUUCUCACUGUCCAGGCCAAGAAGACUGGAGGCACAGAUCCCCAGGAGGUGCUGAGUGCGAUGAGAAGCUACGUCCACAGCUUCUUUGGCUGCAGGCCGUGUGCCGAGCACUUUGAGAACAUGGCGAGGGAGAGUCUGGCGGAGGUGAACACGAUGUCGUCAGCAGCCCUGUGGCUUUGGUCCAGACACAACCGCGUCAACAACAGAGUGGCAGGCGCUUUGAGUGAAGAUCCAAACUUCCCAAAGAUCCAGUGGCCCUCACCAGAAAUGUGUUCAGCCUGCCACACGGUAAAGGAGAACGGGGAGCACAGGUGGAACAAUGAGCAGGUUCUCCCCUUCAUCCUGUCCUACUUCUCAUCCAGCAGUAUCCUCACAGACUACCUCGAAGAUGAAAGCCAUAUUCUGGCAAAACAGAGGGAAAAACAUGAGAGUCAGCAGCAGGCUAUGGAGGCUCAGAAACAUGGAGAGCGAAAGGCCAGGGAGGCCUUGAACUCCUUGACACAUCCCCUUCCGUUGGAACCCACUGUGCAAGAAGAGGAGGAAGGAGAGGAGGAGGAAGAGGAGGAAGAGGGGCCUCAGGACGAAGCAGGUGCAGAUGAAGAGGAGGAACGUGGGGAAGGAGCAGCAGCGGAUGAGAUGGGGGGUAAGACGUCCGGUCCAACCCCCUGGGCCAAACCUGAAAUGGAAGUGGGCCGAGGCCGGCGGCAGGCCCACAGCAGGCCGAGCAUUGUGGGGAUGAGGAUGAGAGAGCAGCAGGAGGACAUCGUGGAUCUCGACUCAUUUGUCAACCAGCACUACAAGGCCAAGGCGCUGCGAGUGGCUGCCUCCAGCCGGGUCAAACAACGCACCCUGCAGAGGAAGGAGGAGCAGGAGCCCGGGCCUGUGUUUGGGCUCGGCAUGGAGCUGGACACAGGGCUCGGGAUGGUGGGCCUGCAGCCUUUAGAGGACUUUGAGCUGGAUGUGGGGCAGCAGAGAAAGCGGCUGCAGAAGCGAGAACUGACAGGCCGGUACUUUGUCGAGGAGGAGGAGUUGAGCCAGAGGGGACGCUGGAUGUCUGUGCUGAGCAUUGGAUUCUCCAAAGUGGACAUCAGCCUAUGUGUCAUUCUUUAUUUCCUGUCCUCAAUGUGUCUGCUGGCCAUGUACCUUUUCUUCAAAAGCCGUCUCAGGCUACGGCGGGCUAAAGUAGCCCUGCCCUGAACCAAAAUGCAUCCGAAUUUGACCUGAUACAGCAAUGAUUAACGCUCAUUAGGUUGGGGUUAGUGCAAGGGGAUGUGUCACGCUUCACUGUUAUCUACAACCAGAGUAGGCAAGAGCACAUUUUACCCCGGCUGUCCUGGAUGUGUUAUGUCUAACUGGGGAGGCAGAGGAGAAGGGAAAAUUAGCAGGUUACCUUCAAAAACUUUGAAAAUCAUGUCAGUUAUUCAACCUGACACUUAAUCUGGCCUCGGGAGCUUUUCAGGUAACACCUCAACUGUGGACGAUCUGUGCAUAUAGAUGUAUAUUUCCAGAAGAGGGUUUCUGUUUAGGCCAUGUGCUAAGGCUGUUUGACCACUUAUGAAGGAUGAAAUUAAAACCAAUAAGAGAUUAAUUUUUUGGUUUUUUUUAUUUGUAUGAAGUAAAUGCGACUAAUAUGUUUUGUUUUUUUUCACAGAGUGAUUUUUGUUGCCUUACUGACAUUCUGGUCAUUUGUCGCAGUAAUUUCUUUUUUGGUUUCUCAUUGUAGGGCCUAGUACACAUGUCCUGUGUACGAUGACCAAAUAAAUUUGAUUUUGUCACAAUUUUUGUGUAUUUACACAUAAAAUAUUUAAAUCAUUUGAAUUAAAUACUGAAAUAGGUGAUUCUUCAGUGAUUUUUAAACGAUUUGUUCUGCAGUAUCUCGCAUUUCCCUCCAACCAAUCACUGAGAUUUUUGUGUUUAUCAAGGUUGCGUCUCAUUUAAUAAUCAAAUGGUUACGAAAAGUCCUUAAAUGCUUUUGUGGGCUUUUCCAGUUUGCUGAAGGCCAGAUAGUUGCAUCAUAUUGUUGAAUGUUGUGAGUGGACCAGCGGAUCAGCCCUGUUCUUGACCUUCAGCUCCUUUGAGGUGGCACACUGUAUGUUACACCGAGCGUUAUGUCACAUCUUUGAAUAUUACAUCACACUGCUGAGUCCACAUAACGGCUACUCUGGUUGUUUAUGAAGUGUUGUGGAGCGACGCAUAUGUUCACACUGGACAAGGUUUUAGAAUAAGCAGGAUUUGUUUUUGGCUUGUGUCCAUGAUGUAAAGCUUUGGCUGCUCAUCUCAAAAACACUGUGUUUCUCUCUUUGCUUCUGUCUGAAUCAAUAAAAUUAUUUUUGAUAAGGA